AGCGUUUUUUCCACCACCCUUUUUCCCUGUAGAUAAGUGAAUAGAAACACUUUACGAAGUGCUCCUGUAAGUAGAAAAACAACGCGAUAAAAGGCCACCACCAACAAAUAGCAAUCCAAUAUUUUCAGCUUUGAUAAAUUUUGUUUUUUUUUUCAAUUUCAGUAUACAAUUUCCAAUUUCCCGCCGUCACCGUGUACAUGCUUACAAAAUUACAUUUUCUUGCAUUUUAGAUAGCGCCAUAUCCUCUUGUGCAACCAAAGAUCUGCUUGAUACUUUUUUUGAUACAUUUCUGUGAUAGAUCCUUUUUGAUAUUUUUUACAUUAGAAGUGUUUCGCUCGCCUUUCUUCCCGCUUGUUUAGCCUUCACCGUGCCGGCUCUGAUUCGGCAAAUUUUUUGGUCAUCCUUUUGCAGCAGCAGCGCAAUACAAGUGAUCCGCAAAUAAAUAGUUUGAAGGUUCUCAUUGAAAUCGAUCCGCAAUUAUAAAACAAAAAAUCGAAGUCGACCAGUCGGAGGCGAAAAAAGAUCCUCUGAAGAAUUCUUGUCCGCACCACGGCCAGUUCAAAAUUGAGAAAGGUCUGUGGAGUGUUGGGUUCAAAAAAUUUUCAGCACUCCACUAGAAUAGCGCACGAACCAACUACCAGAACCACGAAGAGACAGCUUUACCGCUUGAACUGUCCCUCUUCAAAAAACGCACCUCCAGGAGUAGAAGACUCUCUUCAAUAGGGCAAAUAAUAGGUCUUGUUAGCUUCAUGAUCGGUGCGCGAAGCUAUCACUAGCGCUAAGAUAUUAUCUCUUCUUGGGAAUAUAGAGCUACAACUUGCAGGACUAGCCUCAUCGUCAAUAUACCAAAAAUACAACAACAAAAACAAGGCAACAACAACAUCAACAACACGACAUCAUCCAGUAGUACUUACAGUUUAUUCGACGUAUUGUCUAGCGCCAGGGGUAGAUGUAUUUUUUUACCAAGCUCAUCAACCAAGUAAGAAAGUACUUUAACUUUUCUCAGUUUUAAUUUCGACUCCGGAACAGCACGGGUAAUAAGACACAGACGGCAGGUUUAACCGAAGCAGUUUAUUUGUCAUUCAGAACGUGAUUGUAUUUGUUUUUGUACAAUAACCAUAAACCAUCUACAAUUUUUUCGAGACUGGUAGAGGCGUCUUUCUUCCGACUUGCCCAGCUGAGAAGUCUUUUGCUUUACCGUCUCAAGGCGUCAACCAUCUUCAGUACGUAUUGUUGUGUAUAGUGUCCCGAAACUGUUUGAUACCGCGGCUACUCAAUAAAAGGUUCUCAACAGUAGAGUAAAAAGAUAAAGAAGCAGAACACUCAGGACAUCGUCAACAAAUAUCAGACCGAUUCGAGCAGACAGAAACGGACUUUGGUAAGAGCAACAAGACGUUAGGAUCUCUUAUUCCUCGCACGUUUGUUGCUCAAGUAUCCAUUGAAUCCGAAAUAGCAAAAAAGUUCCUUUUGAGUAAGUUUGCUAAAAACAUCAGCCACAAAGUUACUACUGCGGAACAACUUGAAACAAUAUCAGCAAUAUUUUCCGCUACAAGCAAGGAGGACUAACUAACCCCUUAAUUAUUUUGAAGAAAUACGUUACAGCGUACAGUUUGUUGCCGUGGCAUCAAACACUACUACUACUCCAUCAGCAUUAUGUAUUCCCAGAACCCGGGACAGUACCCUUCCAAAGGGGUCCACUCGGGCCGGGCCGUGUCCCUGAAGGGCGGGUCUCCGGACUACAAGCGACCGCAGCACCACGGAGGUGGUAAGUCGUGGCCUGCGACACCCACCACCGUGGGGCAGCACACCAGUGCGGACACCUCGCCGGUCAUGAUGGGCGUACCAGGGGGCGACAAUUCGAAUUUGCUGCUGGAUAUGUCCGUGGCGGAGCGCACGAUCGCGGCAGAGAUGGCGGCGUCGUGGGUGAACCAGGACGGUUCCUCGGCGAACGACCCAAACGCUUUGUUCCCCUACACGACGCCCGACACCACCCCGGUGAAUUACGGCGGCGAUCGGUCGUACCACGGGUACGGGAUGCCUGCCGGUUACCCGGACCACAUGGGACCGCCCGGCGGCUUUCCGACGGGAGGAGGACCCGGCGCCGGAGGAUCCAACAACUCGGCCGCGACCAUUGCGCUGCUCGCACAGCAGCUGGCCUCUUUGACAAACGGAUCGAACAGUGCGGGCGGGAACGCCGGUCCCCCCGGGGCGCCGCCGCUGCCGCAGUACCUGCAAAACGCCGGGGUGGGCGGGGGACCCGGAGGACCCAACCCCGGUGCCGACGAGCAGGCCGCGCUUCUGGCUCAGGCUCUGCAGCAGUACAACACCGUGGACCACGCAUGGGACAACCAAUUUCCGCAGAAUCAUGCGCCCAAGGGAAAAUUUUCUUCCGCCGUGGGCAAGGGAGGCAAGAUGCACAAAGGCGACUACGCAGGGGGACCAGGAUCACCGUCGGCGUGGGCCAAUCAACAGUACGGCGGCCCUGGAGGGGGCGACUACGGGUCGUGGCAGCAGAGAGCCGGGAAAGGCGGGCACUGGCAGGACCAAAGUAAGGGUGGCAACUACAACUGGCAGCAAGGCAAGGGAGACUACAACGCGUGGCAACAGGGUCCGGGUGUCAACAAGGGCGGCUAUAACUCCAAGCAAAACAAGGGCUUCGGAAAAGAGUGGGGUGGCAAGAAAGGUACAAAUAAGUACAACUACUUGCUCCUUGAAUUUGAAACACUCUUACGCGGUCUUCAUUCCGUUUGUCUUAAAUACUAUGCUAUCGCGUUCUUCUUAGAAGAAUCCAAAAAUAAAAUCAAUGAUGUUUUCAGCAUGUGAAACGAAUACAGGUCAACUGCACCAGGGAAAGGGUGGCAAGAUGGACGGUGUCCACCAGAUGACGCCUACCGAGCUGGGGUUGCCCGAAGGGUGCAGUCAGGCCUUGAUGGAUUUCCGCAUUCGCGGGAUGAAGAAGGAGCUGAACGAGAUCCUCCCGCACGUUGUGGAAUUCUGCAAGGACCAGUACGGUUCCCGCUACAUCCAGCAGAAACUUCAGGUACUACGAACAUAUUUUUCUGUCUAGUGGUCACAGUUACUCCUUACUUUCGUUUGAAGUGGGUUUAUUUUUCAAGAAAGGUGUACGUGGUUUGCUGCUACAGCCCAUCAUGUCUUUGUCAUUUCGAGGAAGAACAAAACAAGAUUUUUGUUUCACUAUCGCCACCCACCCCAGGUUUCCGCCGCGCACGAGAAGCAGGCCUUCUAUUUGGCGCUGAAGCCGCACGUCCGGGAUCUGGUGUUGGACCCGUUCGGGAAUUACGUGGUGCAGAAAUUUUUCGAGCGCGGCAACCGCGAGCACCGCGAGGGCCUCGCCAGCGAGCUCCGGGGUCUGGCGCUGGGGCUGAGUUACCACAUGUUUGGGUGCUGGGUGAUGCAGCGCCUGAUGGAGGUCCUGGACACCAAUCCGGACCUGCAGAAGGAGCUGGCCGAGGAGCUGCAGGCUGACUUGCUGGGGCUGAUCGUGAACCAAAACGGGAACCACGUGGUGCAGGCCUGCGUCGAAAACAUGCCCGCGGAAAACACCACCUUCAUCGUGCACACGCUGCAGGGCUCCGUCGUGCGCAUGGCCCGCCACACCUACGGCUGCCGCGUCCUGCAGCGGAUCGUGGAGCGCUGCCAGACCGCCGAUGUGGAGCCAAUCAUCGAAGAGUUGCUACCGGAGUUGGACGACCUGAUGCGCGAUGAGUACCUAUCCACAAGCUUUUUCCUAUAUUUAACCUUCCGCUUCCCUAAAUUUCCAAGGCAACAAAGACGAAAAUUUUUUGAUGACUUCGACCAUAAUUUUCUCUGAUUCUAACCGUCCCAGCCAAAAAUCACGACUUUUUUUUUACUAGGUGCGCUGUCAUCAACCCAAAAAUAACCACUGCACAAACAAACCAGGUACGGAAAUUACGUGGUGCAGUCCAUUGCGGAGCGGAUUGGGGCGCCCCGACGGCCGCAGGUGGUGGACUACGUGUGUGCGAACCUGACGAAACUGGCCACGAACAAAUACGCGAGCAACGUGUGCGAGAAGAUCAUGAUGUACAGUUCCGAGGACGACGCCAACCGCAUGACCAACAUCAUCCUGGGCGAGGAGACCGAGCCGGAGCCGCCGGUCCUGACCAUGAUGCGGCACCGGUACGCCAACUACUGCGUGCAGAAGAUGCUGGAGAAAAUGUCCGUGGAGUCGCCCUUCGUGGACCGGGUUCGCACCCUGCUCCGCGUGUACGUGCCCCAGAUCCGGACCUUCGUGUACGGGAGACACAUCUUGCAGUCCCUGUUCCGCCUCGGCGUCAUCAACGCCGAGGAGUUGCAGCAGGCGCUGGACGCGUCCCCGGCCGCGCAGAACAUCCAGGGGGUCCAGCACACCUCCGCGGGCCACCAGGUCAUGGGCCAGCACGCCACCAAGCAGGACACGCACCCGCAUCGGACCACCGGGAAAACCCCCCGCUCGACGCCGCGCGAGCAGCAGGGGCAGGCCUAA